CGACAAGCCGCGCGCCAAGCCGCCGGCGGGACUGGAGCCGCCGCGCUGGCGACAAUACAGCGACCCUGUCAACGUUGGUACUGGUCGUGGAGAUGGCCUCGUUCGUGACCGAAGUCCUAGCACAUUCAGGGAGGCUGGAGAAGGAGGAUCUGGGCACUCGGAUCAGCCGCCUGACCCGACAGGUGGAGGAGAUCAAGAGUGAGGUGUGCAGUAUGAUCAGCAAGAAGUACAGUGAAUUCUUGCCUAGCAUGCAAAGUGCACAAGACCUGGUUACCCAGGUGGAUAAACUAUCUGAUGACAUUGACCAGCUGAAGUCCCGGAUAGAGAGUGAGGUCCGCCGAGAUCUCCAUGUAUCAACUGCUGAAUUUACAGAAUUGAAGCAACAGUUGGAAAGAGAUUCAGUCAUCCUGAGUCUGCUGAAACAGCUCCAAGAGUUUUCUACUUCUAUUGAAGAAUAUAAUUGUGCAUUAGCAGAGAAGAAAUACGUCAGUGCUGCCCAGCAUCUGGAGGAGGCACAGAAAUGCUUGAAGUUAUUAAAAUCCAGAAAGUGCUUUGAUUUAAAAAUGUUGAAAUCUCUCAGCAUGGAGCUCACAAUUCAGAAACAGAACAUACUUUAUCACCUUGGAGAAGAGUGGCAGAAGCUGAUUGUAUGGAAGUUCCCACCAUCAAAAGACACCACCAACUUGGAAUCUUACCUACAAACAGAGCUUCAUUUGUGCACGGAACAGUCCCAGAAAGAUGAGAACACCCCUGUGCCACCCAUAAGUUCUGUUCUCCUGGCAUUUUCUGUUCUUGGGGAGCUACACACCAAGCUAAAAUCAUUUGGGAAGAUGCUGCUGAAACAUAUCCUUAAGCCCCUGGUAUCAUGUCCAUCCCUUCAUGCUAUGAUAGAGAGCCAGCCGAACGUGGUUAUCUUUCGCUUUGAAUCUGUGAUGACUGACUUGGAACAUCCAUCACCAUCUGAAGUUUUUGCAAAGAUCAAACUUGUACUGGAAGUGCUCCAGAAGCAGCUUCUAGAGUUGCCUCUUGAGGCUGAUGGAGAAAAGGAAAAACCAUCAAUGAUCGUCUUGUCCGAGAUGCUUGGUGACACGAUCUGGGAGGACUUGUCUGAGUGCCUCAUCAAAAACUGUCUGGUUUAUUCUAUCCCAACAAAUAGCAGCAAGUUGCAGCAGUAUGAAGAGAUCAUACAAUCCACUGAAGAGUUUGAAAAUGCCCUAAAGGAAAUGAGGUUUUUAAAAGGAGACACUACUGAUUUGCUGAAAUAUGCUCGCAACAUCAAUUCUCAUUUUGCUAAUAAGAAGUGCCAGGAUGUGAUUGUGGCAGCCAGAAACCUAAUGACCUCUGAAAUUCACAAUACUGUGAAGAUUACUCCUGAGUCUAAGAUCAGUGUGCCAGACUUCCCCAGUCCAGAGAAGGAUGACAAGCUGGUCGUACAGAAAGUGGCCAAAGCGCAUUGUGAUGAGGUGGGGAAUCUAGAGCCUGAAAAUACCCUAGACCAACAUUCCUUCUCUUUGCCAACAUGCCGCAUCAGUGAAUCUGUGAAACAACUAAUGGAACUUGCCUAUCAGACUUUAUUAGAAGCAACCACCGGCAGUGAUCAAUGUGCUGUUCAGCUUUUUUACUCAGUCAGGAAUAUCUUCCAUUUGUUCCAUGAUGUUGUACCAACAUACCACAAGGAGAACCUUCAAAAACUGCCGCAGUUGGCAGCCAUUCACCACAACAAUUGUAUGUAUAUUGCUCACCACUUGCUGACCCUUGGGCAUCAGUUCGCCUUCCGUCUUGCUCCCAUUCUUUGUGAUGGCACUACUACUUUUGUGGAUCUUGUACCUGGCUUCAGGAGACUCGGGACAGAAUGUUUUUUGGCUCAAAUGCGAGCACAGAAAGGAGAGCUUCUGGAAAGAUUAUCAAGUGCUAGGAAUUUUUUAAACAUGGACGACGAAGAGAAUUAUUCUGCAGCAAGCAAAGCAAUCCGGCAGGUACUGCACCAACUAAAGAGACUUGGAACUGUGUGGCAGGAUGUCCUGCCAGUGAAUAUAUAUUGCAAGGCUAUGGGGACUUUGCUCAAUACAGCAAUUUCUGAGAUCAUAGGCAGAAUCACUGCUCUAGAGGACAUCUCUACUGAAGAUGGUCAUAGAUUGUAUUCCUUAUGUAAAACAGUGAUGGAUGAAGGACCCCAAGUGUUUGCACCUCUAUCUGAAGAAAACAAGAACAAGAAAUACCAAGAAGAGGUUCCAGUCUAUGUGCCAAAAUGGAUGCCUUUCAAAGAACUGAUGAUACUGUUACAAGCUAGCCUACAAGAAAUUGCAGAUCGGUGGGCAGAUGGAAAAGGGCCCCUAGCAGCUGCAUUCUCCUCGAGUGAAGUAAAAGCUUUAAUCCGUUCCUUGUUCCAGAACACAGAAAGAAGAGCAGCUGCCCUUGCUAAGAUUAAGUAGCUCCAUCUGAGAAGUCCUGUCUCGACUAUGUGGAGUCCUCUCUUGGCACAAUUACUCCUUUAAAGACUUCUCAGAAUCACCCAUUGGUUUUGUUCAACCAAUAUAUCAUGGAAGUUUAAAUUUAUAGAAGAACACCUUACCUCCUGUCUGCAUGAGGCUUUAUUGAAGAACUGGAUGUUAAGAUGUGAAGUGAAGCACCUCAGUUUAUUGACUUUGUAGCCCCAUUCCACCAAUAAGAAAGUGUAGGACAGCAGUAAUUUAUGCUGCUCCCAGGGCCUUUUGGGAACUGUUCACCUUGUAAAUGUAGGACCUGGCCUUGGACUAAAGGACCCAGGAUGUUUCCAGAGUCAGGGACAAGAAUUUGUGAGCACAUGUGUGGUAUUUUUUGAGGGGAUAAGGAGCGUCUUAUUUGGCCUUGCAGGAAUCAAGGAGACUUCCUUUAAUAUUUCUGUCUAAUAAAUAAUGCUUUUCAGAGUUAA